AUGGCAUCUUUAAAGUACAUCUGUGAAAAUUUAUGGCCAAUGCAUUUACAGGGUGAAAACCAAUGCAUUCAUUCAUUACCCAUGAGUAAAAGAUUGGGAUUGAAGAGCUUGGUGUUGGAAUCAUCCAACAGUCUUAGAGUAAGUGGCUUUGCUCUCACCUUGUGGACUAAUGCUUGGUGGGCUCUUGAUGCUCUUGGAGUUGCCGAUUCUCUCAGAACCAAAUUUCCUCAAAUUAAAGGGUUUGAACUUGCAUCGGCCCAUGUUUCUUCUUCUUCCACAUCACAAUCAGUAGCCGCUGACCGUGGAGUGAAUCGACCUUACGAAUGUCCAUGCGUUAAAAGAAAUGAGUUGCUCGAGACUCUGGCCAAGGAACUUUCACAUAGAACCAUUAGAUUCUCCUCAAAGCUUCUUUCCAUUCAUCAUCAACAAUCUAAGGGUUUCAAGGCUUUGCGUGGCUGA